UACCCAUCAGUGCCACCUAUCAGUGCCAGUCAGUGCUGCCUAUCAGUGCCCAUCACUGAUGUCUAUCAGUGUCAAUUAGUGCCACAUAUCAGUGCCAUGUCCAUCAGUGCUGCCUUUCAGUGCCCAUUAGUGAUUCCUGUCAAUGCCCAUCAGUGCCACCUAUCAGUGGCUUCUCAUCAGUGCAGUCUAUCAGUACCCAUCAGUGCCAGUCAGUGCUGCCUAUCAGUGCCCAUCAGUGCAACCUAUCAGUGCCACAUAUCA